UGUUGUCGGUCCAUCCCACGAUCCUGGCCGGGGCAUGCGCUUGCUUCUAAAAUCAACGCAGAUGCUGGUGUGUCCGUGCACGCAUACGGUCCCGGCCCGCAGCUGUUAUCUUGAUGAGGUUGCAGUUGUACAGCCCCAGGACUGCAGCAGGCCUGUGUGUUUACCCAGUGGGCCGGCGUGGGCCGAAAUCCGCCAGUCUGCUACGUCCCAGCCCCAUUUUUCCCAGGCAUCAGCUGCCAGUGGUGCGUCGUCAUCGCGCAAAUCUCGCACUACCCCCUUUUCUCGUACAGUAGGCCUCAGCCCCCUUUCUCCUUCACUUCGCACUCAUUUUUUUGCUUCUCUAUCCAUUCCCGAAUCCUACCAUGUCGAACCUUCCCAAGGCUUACCUCCAGCGCCAGGCCGAGCAGCUCGUGGACUUUGUCAACAAGUCGCCCAGUCCCUUCCAUGCCGUCGACGUGUGCCGCACCUGGCUCAAGGGUGCCCAGUUCACGGAGCUCAAGGAGAAGCAGAGCUGGGACGGCGCCAUCAAGCCCAACGGCAAGUACUUCUUUACGCGCAACGGCUCCUCGAUCGUUGCUUUUGCCGUCGGCGGCAAGUUUACUCCCGGCAACGGCGUCUCGGUCGUCGCUGCCCACACCGACAGCCCUUGCUUUAAGCUGAAGCCCGUGUCGAAGAAGACCAGCAAUGGCUAUCUCCAGGUCGGCGUGCAGAUCUACGGUGGCGGCCUCUGCAGAGGCCGUGUCAUGGUCCGUGACAACAACGGCGGAUACGCAAACCGUCUGGUGUCAGUCGCCGAUCCGAUUCUGCGCAUCCCGUCGCUCGCCAUCCACAUGGAUCGGUCGGCCAACGAUACCUUCACGUUCAACAAGGAGACGCAUCUGACGCCCGUCCUGGCGACUGUCUCGAAGGCGCUGAACGGUCAGGAGGAGUCCUCUGACGCCAAGCGCCUUGCCAAGGAACUCGACAUUGAGGUCGACCAGAUCACCGACUUUGAACUGUGCCUUUACGACACGCAGCCGGCAGCCAUCGGCGGUAUCUGCAACGAGUUCAUCCACUCUGCGCGCCUCGACAACCUGAACUCGUCCUACUGCGCGGUCGAGGGCCUGAUCAACAGCCUCAGCAGCGAGCACGCGCUGGACAACGACUCGCAUGUGCGGAUGAUUGCGCUGUUCGACAACGAGGAGGUCGGCUCGACCUCAGCGUACGGCGCCAACUCUGCGCUGAUCGAGGCUGCGCUGCGGCGGAUCCAGACCGGCGGCUCACCCACCGCCUUCGAGCAGAGCAUGGCCAACAGCUUCAUGAUCUCGUCUGACGUCACGCACGCGGUGCAUCCGAACUACAGCGAGAAGCACGAGGCGAACCACCGCCCAAUGCUGCAGAAGGGCCCGUCGAUCAAGUACAAUGCCAACCAGCGGUACGCGACCACAGGCCGUGACCUCGGCUAUCCUGAAGGAGAUUGCGAAGGCGCCAUGAUAUCCCGAAUGCAGGAGUUCUUGGUCCGCAACGACUCGCCGUGCGGAUCCACGAUUGGCCCGAUGCUGAGCGCUCAGCUGGGUCUGCGCACGGUGGAUAUUGGCAACCCGCUACUGAGCAUGCACAGCAUCCGUGAAGUCUGCGGUGCUGAUGACGUUGGCAUGUCUGUGAAGCUGUUUGAGCACUUCUUUGGCGAGUUUGCUGCUCUUGAUGCCCAGGUCAACGUCGACUAAACAGUGGUUGGUUUUGUCUUCGGUCUCUCUAAUUAGCCUUUGAGUACAAUGCUAGCUACCCUGUUGUGUCCAGUUGUCUCUUGUGCACAGAAACUUGCAUCACGAUAUAAUCCUCAGUAUAGGAUGCUCCUCUAUCAGCAGCACUCUUGUCAUCCCAUUCGCAUCCCGGUAUAUAAUAUUGGCUUGAUGCACAUGUACGGAAUUGUUGGUACAUAUAGCGUUUCACGCACGUUAUCAUUGCUUCAACCACUAUGCAGAAACCCUUUGGUCCCUAUCGUUUUAGAUAUU